GUUAUUACGGAGGAAGACUUAUUCAAAGCAGAUGAACAACUUACAAAAGAAAUCUUGUGGUAUGCAGGAUAUACUGCUUUGACAGUUGUCAUUUUUCUUGUCAUUGUGGCCUGUUUUGCUUCUGACCCCAGAGCGUGCAUAGUAGCUUUUGGAACCGGAAGUCCAUGCUGCUUAUUAUGUCCUUGUAUUAAAAGCUUAUAUAAGUACACAGAUCCAGCCAAGCUUAUACAGGCCAGCAUAAAUACUUACGUACCUGGAAUUUUGGUUGAGGACGAUGGGUCAAUGCAGAUGUACGAACCUAGUGCUGAGGAAACCGAUCUACUAUUUGAAUUAAUUAACGAAUUCAUGACAAUCUCAUGA